ACUAAAAUCUAACCUUUUUUCUGCAGUUAGUUUUAACAAAAGUUCUUAUGCUUGGUUCGAGAACUCAAACGAUUAUUGGCAGACCAAUAUUACCUGAUGCUGCUGUCCAUGCUGUUGUUGAAGAGCAUGCUUUAGAUGCGAAAGUAAUCAUAUUCAAGAAGAAAAGGAGAAAGAACUACCGUCGAACCAAGGGCCAUCGUCAGGAAUUGACUAAGUUGAGAAUCACGAAUAUUGAAGGAAUUGAUAAGUCGGAAACUAUUGCUGCUGCAGCUUAAACAUUUACAGUAAUGAUCAACCAAACAUGUCCAAUUGUGGUGUGCUCAAAGAAGUUCGAGUUCUUUGAAUCUUUGAGAAUUACUUGCUGAUGAUCUCUACAACGUGAUUGAAAGUAGUAAUAACAUUUACCAAGGUGCUUGGGAGAUGAAUGAGGAUUUUUCUUGCUCGUGUAGAGAACUAUUUGCACCCACAGUUGAUGAAAGUAAAUUUUAUUCAAGCCGCCGCAGACUCGAGAUGAACAUGAUAUCAUCUGAUGAUUUAAGUGCAAUUUUGCUGUUAUAUUUAUGUUAAACAAAUUGGGCAAACUUGAUAUUUUUAAUACAGUUUAAUGUUUGGAACUUACUAGCAGCAACAUCAACUUGGUUAGUUGACAA